UUAUGUGUGAUGAUUCUGCUAAUAGUUGUUGAGAUAAUUGAGGUAGAUUACCGGUAUUUUACCAUUGGUUUUGUAUUUUGUAUUACGUUAGCUACUUUUAAAAUACUUUUAAGUCAUUUGGAUGGUUGGUUAAGUUUUGUUAGCUUAAUUUAAAACAUUGUUUAAUCGUGUGAAUGGCUGGAGGGAUAAGGUAAUUUAAUUUCGAACACUGUUCAAUUAUUUGAAUGAUUGGUUGUAUACAAUAUUCAUUUAAAAUACUGUAUAUUGGUGUAAAUGUUUGGGUAAGUUACGUUAGCCACAUUAAAAAUACUUAACGGCGUUCUUCGGGAUAGGUGUUAUUCAAAAAACCAUUAAAUGUUCUUAAUGGAGAACCUUCUCUAGAAAAUUAGCAUUACUUGAAAUAGGGAUAACAAUCUGCAGGUAGAGAAGUAAAGAUUGUGUUAGGUAAGUUCCGGGAAGAGGAGUGGCAGAUUUUGCAUUUAAAACUGCAGAAUAAAAAGUACGAAUUUUUGAAAAAUUUAAAUAUUUAAGCUUUGUGAAACGAUUAAUAACCAUGCAACAUUUUUAAAUAAUCAAUAUUAAUAUUACAAGAGUGACAUAUUUUUAAUUAUAUAAUCUUGAUUUUUGAAAUAAAUGCUUUUUUUUUUCGGAUGAGGUUGUACUAACCAGCGAAAUGAUUUUUUUUCCGUAUCUAAACUACCGCGUUAUUAUUUUCCUGCCUAGUAUUUUGUUAGUACAAUAUAUAGUACACAAUAUAUAGUGCACAAAAUAAUUUAUUACGGUUGUGGCAAACAACAGUUAACUGGUGUCACUGCUACAAAAGUUUAACAUUAUUUAGCCAAACUUGUGUUGUGAAUGUAUUACACUGAAAUAAAUAAUAAAAUCACUUCAGGCUAUAUAAAAAAAGAUUGUCAAAAUUAAAUGAUAUCGUAGCUUUCGUCCAUUCGAAACCUAAAUUGGGCGGAGACAAAACAAAAUACAGAAAAAAACUUAUUUUGUAAUAAAUGAGGCAAUAAAAUUAGUUAUAGGUAUCUAAUUUCUUAAUUUAUUUACUUGAAUGGAAAUAAAUUUGCCAUUAGAAUCAUCAUUUGUUGAUAACCGCCGUUCUAACAAAAUGUAAAACUCAGAUUAACGUAUAUUUCCGUAUACAUAGCCUACUUUAGCAAAAUAUCUCCAGAGUGACGUCACAAAUUGCUAGCCAGUGAAAGAGAAAGGUGCGCAAAAGGAUACAUAUAUAACUUCACGAUGAUUCACCCGUUAUGUUCACAGUUGACAGAACAGAAGAACGAAUGAAUAUCAAGCAAUGAUUUGUGUAACAUUUUCUUAAGUGUUAUGAGUACGUAAUAAAUAUUCUCGCAGAAACUGUAUGGUGUUAUGUAGGCUGAAGUAUCUAUUUAUUCGAUUUUUUAUUUAUUAGAAAACAAUUUGAUCCGAUUUCCGCAUAGCCAGCCAUGCCCCGGGCGACGACGGACGAGAAGCUGAGGCUGCUCCUGUCGGACCUGGGCCGGGCCACGCUGCGCGGGGUGCGCAAGUGCCCCAAGUGCGGCACCUACAACGGCACCCGGGGGCUCAGCUGCAAGAACAAGUCCUGCGACGUCGUCUUCAAGGAGGCCGGCGAGAAGCGGAAGAUGUCCAUGGAGGCCUGCAAGCUGUUCACGGGCACCGGCACCAAGGUGUUCUCUGUGCGGGUGAGGGACAAGGGUCCCGACUACCGGGGCUUCGUGCAGCUGCCGAUGCAGCAGACCUGGGAGCAGACCUUGGACGGCGAGGCACCCCUCGACCAGACUUCGGCCCUCUGCUUCGUCGACACCUGCCAGCGGUCGUUCGACACCAGCAUCCUCAAGUGCCAUGAGAAGUCGGAACCAGUGACCACGCUGACGUGUCAGCACAUCCAAGCGGCUCUGAGGUGCUACACCAAGGCUCAGCCAGUGCAGCUCAAGAACUCCAUCAUCAAUAUUCUGAACAUGAACAGCGAAAUGAAGCAGGAGUUGUGGCAGCUGGUUUCCGAGACGAAUGGGCCCGUGGUCCAGAGAGUGUCCAAGAACAUAAUGGCGGUGAAGUGCAAGGCCAGUCCCAAGCACCCGCUCGGCUACCUGCACUUCUCGUUCUUCGUGACGAAGCUGAAGGACAGAGUCGAGAACAAGUAUUUCUGUAGUUGCACCGCUUUCAAGGGGCAAGUAAAACAUGCUUCAAAUAGGGAAGAUGGCAACUUCAAAAAGUGUGUUCACUUUUACGCCUGCAUAGCAGCGUUUGCUGGCGAUCCCAAACUCAGCGAAGAGUUUUCAUUCUACCUGAGCCUUGAGAGAAGGGACAUCAUACCAAUGCUCUCUCUUGCUGGCGGCGACGGCCAAGGGCAGCUGGUGACCAUCCUGCGAGCCAGCGGCGAGGACCCGUGCGACGUGGAGGUGGAGGUCCUGGGAGGGGUGGUGUCCCUGCGGGACGACGCUUCGCUGCUGGACGAGUCCGGGAUAGCCGUGUCGGACGACGGCUCCCUGCCCCAGAUUCACGGCCUGGAGAUAUUGCCAGACGCUCUAGAGGUGCAGAUACAUAGCAUGGAAUCGGAAACCCUGGAUUUCUCAGAUGUCGCUGAAGAAUACAUCUUGCAGAAUGAAAUGCAGCCUUCACAGGCUCCGAGCGUGAAACGGAAAAUCGCGGAACCGCCUUGCAGUCCUGUUCAAGGGAAGAAGGUGCAUAACAUAAAUAUCCUCAGGAGGCAAGGGAGCAAGAAGACUGCUUCGAAUUCCAUCGUUAACAAACAUGAUCCUGUCGAUGAAAGUUCAGUAGAAAUUUCAUUCCUUCAAUGGCUGGCUUCAGUAACUGAGAGAAUCAAUCAGUCGAUGCACUUUCAGUUUGAUGGAAAACCAGAACCUUUAGUGUAUUUUGUACCACAGGUGUUUUUUGAUUGCCUGCGGGAGAGAAUCUCAUCAGGCGGUAAGAAGAAGCGGCUACCCAACUUCAUCUCGGGCUGCGUGCGUAAGAACGCAGUGCCCUUGGGGACGUUUACGACGUACACGUGGCACAUCACAAACAUCAUCCAUUUGAAGCAGAUCUUUGAAACCCCACUGGUACCGUUGGAAAUCACGAGAAGUUUCGUUGAAAAUCACGAUGGAACGUUUGCUCCCUACAACAGGCAGAAAGAUGAAAAUGAAAUUUUCAGGAAAGUCAACAACCAGCCCCUGAUAAAGCCUUUAGAACUUAAAACGUUUCUAAAAGUUGGAAACACGGCGCCCGACCAGGUGGAGCCGACCCCCUUCAUCAUCGAGUGGACCCCGGACAUCCUGCCCCAGAGCAAAGUGGGGGAGCUGCGACUGUCGUUCGAGUUCGGCCACCAGCGCAACGGCCUGGUGGAGAAGCUGCAGGUGUCGCCCCGCGCGUGCAAAAAGAACUCCGAGAUCCUGGUCUCCAGGCUCCAGACACCCGUCAAGAAAGAAUAUCUCUACACGUUUGCAUCAUAGUGUUUUUCCAUGUUUGUGUUUUAUGUGCUCGAGUUUUUUAUAAUUAUUUAUACUUACAAUCUAAUUGCUCUCUAUUUAUGUUAGAUUUUUUUUUUAUACGUGGAAGCAUUAUCGUAUCGUAGAGAAAGUUCCUUGCCGGUGAAACACCCACUGUCCUCUCAUCUGAGUUGUGGAACGUUGUCAGCUGUUGUGUGGCAGUCUCAUUUGCAAGCAUUUAAAAUGCCUGUAGAUGACCUUGAAAACAAAGUUAUGAUAUUCAUCUUCAGUAAAUAAUUUUUUUUUUGGCCAGUGAUUAGGUUAAGUCUACCGUAUUAUAUUUGUGUGUCUGAAAUAAUGUAUCUGUAUUUGACAGAAUGUUUUUAUGUUCUGACGUGGCCUGGGGCUGUCGUGAUUGAAUGGAUGGUCGAUUUAAUGGUGCCUGGUAGAGACUCUUAAUCUGGGGUUGUGACGUCGCCCAUGUGUGACGUGACUUGUAUCCGCCUUAAAACUGCCCAAAUCCCCUGGACCUGGCCCCCUCUCAGCGUCGGGCACGCUAUGCUAAUUACUCACGUGGGCUCUUAUGGCACCCCACACGCCAAUAGGUAUCCACAACACACACGUGGUCAGGCAAAUGAGGCGAACACGAGGUAGGCGAAAUAGAGAUUCAUUGCUCUGUGCUUGAUACAAGUUUUUUGUAAAAAGUUAAUAAUAUAAAGGUUAAACUGUAAAAAGCUUUGCGGCAUGAUCUGCGUGCGGAGGUCCAAACUAAGAGAUUCACGUUGAUGACAAAAGUCAGUCGAGCGGAUAUAAAAGUAAAUAAAUUAAAUCAAUUGAGCCCAUUGGUAGGCUCUGAUGAUAAACGUAAAUGAUUGAGAUUAACUAAUGGAAGACAGAAUUUCUUACAUCAGUGAUUACUGAUUACCAAAGAUGAAGUCCUCGGAGAGCUGGAAACGUCCUACUUGGGGUGGUUAUGCUAAACGACUGGGGUGAGACAUGGCCGCAGAGGUGGUUCGUCAGUACUGUCGCGCCAAAACUCGAGUACCAUUUAGCGAACCCGAGUCGUGCAGCUGAUAUUCAUAAAUUUUGAACAGAAUACCUCCUUUGAAAUCACAAGAUAAUUAAUUAAACCUUUAAAACCCUUUUACAAUUUACGUAGACAAUUACAACUGAAAUGAUAAAAUAAGGAAUGGUGUUUGGCAGUCCGGUUCCGUUGUUGUCAAAAGAUACAAGCCUAAUAAGGUUGUACGACACCUGACACUUAAAAUAAAAUAAAAAUGUUUACAAUGUUAAUUAUUAUUAUUUCUGUAAAAGAAAAAGUUAUUAUUAUCAAUGACUAGAGCCAUGUGAUUUUCGCGAAAAGAUUUUCCGACCAGCUGUGUGCUAAAACUCUGUAGCAUUUUCUGUCUCUCGUGGUUGGCUGGGUUUAUUCCAGGUGCAUGUUUCUACUGUUGGCGCACCAAUCACAGCCACCCAGUGCGGAAGCAAACUCGUCCUGAAUGGCCCGGCCAGACAGGGCGAUGGCUUCUCUCGCAGACGGCCACCAAUCACAAGGGAACAAUGGCAUACCUUGUUGCAGUCUAACGAGUGAGCAGAUUAUUUCGCGAAAAACGCAUGCCCCUAUCAAUGACUUAUAGCACUGACACUACCGCGCUAUCUUGUGGUUGUUCAUGGUGCGCACACGUGCAUAUCGCUGGAGGGGAGUUCAAAUGCUAUAAGGAGAGGUAAUGGAGGGUGGCAACACAUCUGACUGUGGGAGCAGCCCCGGACGAUGUCAGUUCUGUAUUUAAUGCUCAUCAGCACACUUCAAGUAUCUACGUAAAAUAUUGAUAGUUUCUAAGUUAGUGCUUGUAGUGUGAUUCAUUUAUGUAUGCUUUCAUAAUUCACAUACGGAACUACAGUAGUUCUUUGUGAUAUUUGGUCAAACGUCUUGUGAAUCAUAAAAAAAAAGUCUCUGUAAUAAUUUUUCUUAAAAAUUGUUUCAUUUACAUAGUCACGUAAAGAAUUAAAAAUAAUUGUUUUUAAACUUAUGUUCAAAGGCAAGUCAUUGCUGCAAAAGUUAAUUUUGCAUACAAUUUACAGUAAGUGCAAAACAAAAAUUGACUGAAACAUGUUUUUAGAUAUUUUUAGUUGCUAUAACAAGCCUAGGUAUAUGCAAUCAAAUAGAUCAACAUACUAGUUGUUAAAAUAUUUAUAUUUGCAUCAAAAUUGUAUGCAAAACCAUAUGUAUAAACAUGUAAUAUCUUUAGACUGAUAGUAAAAAAAAGUUAAAUACAUAACAGCUUGAUUCA